CUUAGGGGUACUGUGGCUUGCGAGCGCGUCUCGUCGUGAGGCGACGAGGAGGACCUUGUUCCUAGAUCCAGAAGCUCGCUGCUCGAGCUCUGGAGCCCGUGGCUGGCAAUUACUGCGGGGUUGCGGUUUUUAGCGCGAAGUUGUAACGUGGGGUUCUUUUAGCUGAAGGAUCUGCACGUGGAUUUUUGUGGGUUGAGGAAGGGGAGGGAGAAGAGGGGCGAAGGGAAGUGGAGGUCGGGGUGAUUGUUGGUUUUUGUGGGGCGUUGGCUGAUUCAUGAGAGCAGGGUUGAAAAUGUCGACGUCUGUGUUCACCGUGGGUUUGAUUGGCGCGUGGUACUUCUCCAACAUCGGCGUGUUGUUGCUAAACAAGUAUUUGUUAAGUAACUAUGGAUUCAGAUUCCCUAUUUUCCUUACGAUGUGCCACAUGACGGCGUGCGCGCUCUUCAGUUACAUCGCUAUAGCAUGGAUGAAGGUGGUGCCCAUGCAGACGAUUAGAUCACGCACGCAGUUCCUGAAAAUUGUGGCGUUGAGUAUCAUUUUUUGCACCUCGGUGGUGAGUGGGAACAUCUCGCUGCGCUUCCUUCCUGUCAGCUUCAACCAGGCCAUUGGAGCCACCACGCCGUUCUUCACCGCCGUGUUCGCGUAUAUAAUGACGUUCCGGCAGGAGGCGUGGCUCGUCUAUGCAACCCUGGUUCCGGUUGUCACGGGCGUGGUCAUCGCCAGCGGUGGCGAGCCCAGUUUUCACUUGUAUGGAUUCGUGAUGUGUGUCAUGGCCACGGCAGCGCGAGCCCUAAAGUCGGUUUUGCAAGGGAUUUUGCUGUCCUCGGAGGGCGAGAAGCUCAACUCCAUGAAUCUGCUGUUGUACAUGGCUCCCAUUGCAGUAGUGGUGUUGUUGCCCGCCACAUUGCUACUGGAGCCCAAUGUUCUAGGGAUUCUGAUUGCAUCGGCUAGGCGCGACGUCUACAUUCUCUUCCUGCUGAUUGUCAACUCCGCCAUGGCAUACUUUGUCAACCUCACUAACUUCCUCGUCACCAAGCACACGAGCGCAUUAACCUUGCAGGUCCUAGGAAAUGCCAAGGGCGCUGUAGCUGUUGUGGUCUCUGUUCUUCUCUUCCGGAAUCCGGUCACCGUCACUGGCAUGGCCGGUUACAGUCUCACCGUUUUUGGAGUUGUUCUUUACAGCGAAGCGAAGCGGCGGAGCAAGUGAGGCGAUUUGCCCAUCAGCUAUUCACAUGUGACUAAGGCGUCAUCAGUUUAGUAGUUGUCUGAAGUUCCGCUCUUUCAUUCGCAGAUCAUAUUAGCCGUGUUUCGUCUCGUACAGACACGCAGGCAGAGAGAAUCAGAGAGAUUUAGAAGAGAUAGGUACAGAGAGGGUGCGCUCAUGUGUGUGAGAGCUAGAGUUAGCGCUUGAAGGAUCAUUCUAGUGUAUUUAGGUUGCCUAGUUGUGGCAACAACAUUUCUCUGGCAGGGUUUAGAUUUCCUGCCCGCUACGGGGAACGGUAAUUACAAGGAUACAUAUACAGGCACAAUUUAGUAGGUGGUGAUGCACCAGGUGAUCGCCAUUUUCUGAUUUACUUUCACCCGGUUUUCCAACAUGAACAUUUUUAAUAACCGUCUAUUUCAUCACAGGCACCACCCGGAUGACCUCAGGAUUCACAAAUUUCUUAA